AAACAAAAACGAACAAUCUCUUCUCUAUUAAUACAUAAAUAAAAAUACACAUAACAAUAUGCAACAAUUAAGCGAACAAAACAAGAUACAGUGAACAAAAUAUUAUUACAAUGAAUUAAAGUGUUUUAUAUCACAAUUGUCCAUAUUUGUUAUUCUAAAUUCUAUUAAAAGAGUGUAGGUGGUCACAAACAUUUGAUUUAAUUAAAAUAAACAGGCGCGGUUUUUAUGUUGCUACAAAAGAAACAACAAUCACUGAAGAAAAAAAAACUAAUAAAUAGUUUUUUAAAAUAACAGUUUUUUGUUUUUUUUUUGCUUGAAGAAUAUUUUUUGGAAGUGGAAUAGUGUGCGGAAUCGAUAAAUGUUGUGGGUUUUUAGAGGAGUAGAAAUUAUUAAACUUUUGUAUUAAUUAUUGUUAUUAAAAUGUGAGAUGGAUGUUUUUGUAGAGUGAAGUGAAUUUUUAUUUUAUUUUUUAUUGUUUUUUUAUUUAUGUGUGGUAAAUAAUUAAUUACAUGGAUUAAUUAGUUUUUAACAAACAAAAUGUUGUUACGUAAAUUUUUAUUAUUGACAAUUGUAACGUUUUUAUCGAACGUUCUUUUGAUUGGAGUUCAAGCGAUCAUUGAUGAAGAUAUAACACGUCAAUUGGAAGAAACAAUAAAGGAUGAUAAUUUAGUCGUAGCUCUAAAAUCAACUCACCAACGAAAACGACCACGUUCAUCGCCAGAAUCAUUACUAGUCGUCGAUUUUAUUGGAUCUGAUCAAAAAUUUAAAUUACUUUUGGAUCGAAAAAAUGAACGAAUUGUUGCUGAAACUCACGAAAAAGAAGAAAGGCAUAAGCAACAUUUUAGUAUCAAAAAUCAUUUGGAAGCUUUAAAUACGAUUGUUUUCGAUUUUCAACAACAACAACCAGAUGCACAUAUUUCAUUGUACAUAAAUUCUGAACCAUGUGGAAGUAUCGAAACUCCACGAUCAUUGCGAGAUAUGUUCACAAGAAUGAGCGAGCCAAAAUUACAAGUGUAUCGUGAUCGACGAUAUUCAAUGAAAAUCGAAAAUGCAGACAUUAAUAGCGUUCUAGAAGAAUUAAAAGUAGAAGCUAAAAAUAUUACGAACAAAGAAGCUCCAAAGUACUCAUUCAACGAUGACGAUGAUAUUUCUGAAAUGCAAGCCAUAGAGCCGUCCCCUUCCACAAAUGAAAUUUUGUAUGAAAGAAGAGGCGAUAUUCCAAUCACGAGUCUAGAUUGGGAUGAAUCUGCCAUAAUAAAAUUGAUUAAUGACCUUAAUGCAAGAAUUCGAAUCAUACAAGCGCAAUGUGAUAAUAACAAAGCGGAAAUGGCAACUUUACGAAAAAUGAUUGAAGAUUGUUGUCGAGAACGUGAAAAUAUUGAACAACGUAUUAGUUGCCGAAAUAAUCCAUAUCCUUGUUUUCCUGGAGUACAGUGCCAUGACACAGUCGAAGGUCCACGGUGCGGUUCAUGUCCGCGAGGAUAUGUAGGUGAUGGUCGCAGAUGUAAGCCUGGACGUACAUGCGCUGAACGUCCUUGUUUUCAAGGAGUUCGUUGUCAGGAUACGAUGGAAGGGUUCAGAUGCGGAUCUUGCCCACCAGGCUAUGAAGGAAAUGGUGAGAGAUGUGUAAGACGAUCGGGUUGCCAGUAUAAUCCUUGCCAUCCAGGUGUUCAGUGUCAAGCUAUCGAUAGUCCGCCAUACUACCGAUGCGGACCAUGCCCAGCUGGAUCCACCGGAAAUGGAACUGAAUGUCAUGACUUAGAUGAAUGUGAUUUGGACGAGCCAUGCGAUCCUCGAGUACGAUGUACAAAUUUAUCACCUGGCUUCCGUUGUGAUCCAUGUCCACCGGGGUUUCGGGGAAGUAACGGACUACAAGGAGUUGGAUCCGAAUUUGCACGACGGAAUAGACAAAGAUGUUACGAUAUAGACGAAUGUUCCAUCAAUAAUGGUGGUUGUGCUCCAAACUCACUUUGUACAAACACUGAAGGCUCCUUCCAUUGUGGUCCUUGCAAACCGGGGUUUAUGGGGAAUCAAACUAUAGGCUGUCGAAAUCAUCCUGGUGUAUGCCCGGAUGGAAAUGUUUGUGAUCGAAAUGCUCAAUGUAGGCGUGCAGGACAUAAUUCGUAUACUUGUAAAUGUAAAGUUGGUUGGACUGGUGAUGGACAUGUCUGUGGUCCAGAUCGUGAUUUAGAUGGAUGGCCAGAUUAUGAUUUGGGAUGUUCCGAUCCUAGAUGCCGAAAAGAUAAUUGUGUGACAAUACCUAAUUCAGGACAAGAAGAUGCUGAUAGAGAUGGAGAAGGAGAUGCUUGCGACAAAGAUGCAGAUAACGAUGGAAUUUUAAAUGGACCGGAUAACUGUCCGCUUAUUCACAAUCCCGAUCAAUUAGAUACCGAUCAAGAUGGCGCUGAUAAACAAGGAGAUGCUUGUGAUAACUGUCCAACUAUUCCAAAUUUAGACCAAGAAGAUGUUGAUAAAGAUGGAAUUGGUGACGCAUGCGAUGACGAUAUUGAUAAUGAUUCAAUUUUAAAUCAUCGUGAUAAUUGUCCAAGAGUACCAAAUCGUGAUCAAUUAGAUUCUGAUGGCGACGGUCUUGGAGAUGUAUGUGAUAAUUGUCCAAGAGUACCAAAUCCAAAUCAAGCAGAUUCUGAUAAUGAUCUUGUCGGUGACGCUUGUGAUAAUUCAAUUGACAGAGAUGGAGAUGGAAUCCAAGACAAUCGUGAUAACUGUCCAAAAAUUCCUAACAGUGAUCAACAAGACACAGAUAAUGAUGGCCGUGGUGAUGUUUGUGACAAUGAUAUUGACAACGAUGGAAUUCCAAAUUUAAGAGAUAACUGUAUCUACGUAAAGAAUCCAAAUCAAGAAGAUAGUAACGGGGAUGGUAUUGGAGAUGCCUGCGAAAAUGAUUACGAUAAUGAUAAAAUACCAAAUCAUUUGGAUAAUUGUCCAAAUAAUUCAAGAAUUUUCCGUACUGAUUUCAGCAAAUAUCAAACAGUUGUCUUGGAUCCGGAAGGUGAUUCACAAAUUGAUCCUAAUUGGGUGAUUUACAAUAAAGGUGCGGAAAUUGUACAAACAAUGAACAGUGAUCCUGGUUUAGCCGUGGGUUACGAUCAAUUUGGUGGUGUUGAUUUCGAAGGAACAUUCUUUGUUGAUACUGAAAUUGAUGACGAUUAUGUAGGAUUUAUUUUCAGUUAUCAAAAUAACCAUAAAUUCUAUGCUGUAAUGUGGAAGAAAAAUACUCAGACCUAUUGGCAAGCAACACCAUUUAGAGCGGUAGCCGAACCGGGUAUUCAAUUAAAACUUAUUGAUUCAAACACUGGACCUGGACAAAUGUUGCGUAAUUCAUUAUGGCACACAGGAGACACAGAAAACCAAGUUCGUUUAUUAUGGAAAGAUCCACGUAAUGUUGGAUGGAAAGAGAAGACCGCGUAUCGUUGGUUACUCUUACAUAGACCUAAAAUUGGUUUAAUUCGAUUAAGAAUAUUUGAAGGUGAAAAUAUUGUUGCUGAUUCGGGUAACGUAUUCGAUUCAACGCUAAAGGGUGGUCAUUUAGGUGUAUUCUGCUUCUCACAAGAAAUGAUUAUUUGGUCCGAUUUAGUUUAUAGAUGCAAUGAUCAUGUUCCAGAAGCUAUUUAUCGAGAAUUACCACCAAGACUUCGUAAAGAAGUACAAAUUGAUACAAGUAAUCCAUUACUAAUGAGUACUGUAUAAAUAAAACUGUAUAGUUUCAAAAAUUGUUCUUUUCUUUAAACAAAAUUUUUAACGAAAUACUAAAAUUCAAAUGAAAUGUUAUUUUUGAAAU